AUGGCUACGUUCAACCCACAAAACGAGAUGGAGAACCAGGCACGUGUACAAGAGUACAAGGUCUCCACUGGCAGAGGCGGAGCUGGCAACAUCCAUAAAUCUAUGUCCAAGCCGUCUCCCGUACUUCUUCCAUUGAAAUCCAAUUCAAAGACAGUAGCAAACAACAAUAAUAACGGUAGCAACCAGGAAAAGGUUCCUCGUUUUGCAAUUGGUAGAGGUGGUGCCGGUAAUAUCUUUCAUGAUCCGCACCUGACGAGAUCCGCCCAACAACUGGACUCUAACGACAAUAUCAACUAUAACGACGUGAUCAAUGACAUCGACGAUUAUAUUUCCCCUAUAACUUCGGAUAUGGUGGAUGAAGGUGGGUCAAACCCGGUGACCAACACCAGGUCUCGUAUCAGCGCUACAAGGAGCCAUCAGUCUUUGCAUGCCACCACUUCGUCUCCGAACAACAACGCCCCAAUUGUCGUUGGUAGAGGUGGGGCAGGAAACAUUUUCUUCAACAAAAAAAAGGUGGCCAGCAAUGGUGGAAAUGAAGAGGAUGAGAUACGAGGCGGCAAUAUCGAGGAUGAGGAUACUAUCAAUGCAAACGAGGACAACCUGUUUGUGGUGACUUCCAAUGGCAAUGCUUUGGCGGCAAUCAAGUCCACGUCCAAGAAGCCUAAAAAUAAGCUCAAGGGCAAAAGCGCACCGGAAAAAUUUGCUAUUGGAAGAGGUGGCGCUGGAAACAUAAUUUCUCCAAAGUCAAGCAGGAACACUAUCAACCAUAACUUAAACGAUGAUGAUGAAGAUAAGUUUAAUUUGAAAGAUGACAAUGGUAAAGAGAAGAAGAAGAAGAAGAAGAAGAAAUCAGGGUUUUUCAGUUCUUUGAAAACUAUGUUUAAUUGA